AUGGGCAUUCAAACAAGACAGCCUCUAACCCUUGGCUCCUUUGAUCAUGCUGCUCUCGGAUUCUAUCGUUUGAACCGGAUCACUGAUGGUCAUGGUUCAUUUGCUUCAAACUUCAAGGUUGCCGACUUCCCCACAAUGUUGGACGAGUUGCACAACGUUACAAAGCGGAAUUAUCCCAUUGACGAAGCUCAAUCUUAUCUCGGAAGGACAGAUGUCGAAAAUGAUAAGAUAGAAGAUGGAACAACUCAAAAAAUGUUUUCUCGAGAUGGUCAUGAUAGUUCUGCAGCUCGAUCUGAUGUACACAACGGCACUAUUAACUGCGGAUCUCGCCAAUUGAUUGAGACAUGGAUGACCGAAGUACGCUGUAUGGAUUAG